GGUAACCAUAGCAGCACUGUAGUUUCUCGUGUGAGAUCGCAAAGGCUUGUGCAUGUUUUGCGGAGCAUAUGGUUUUCGUAAGUCUCAGCAGGUACAACGCAAACAUUAUCUGUCCUUGAGCUCGGGGGAGGGGCCUGUCUUCACACCAUCACUCUGCAACCUGUGUCAGCAGGUGUGUCUCAAUGAAAUACUUUACGCCUCACAGCAAGUUGAUUCGCACGUUGAAAUGAUAGUCAUGGGGAAGAAAGGUGGAAGAGCUGAUUUUGAAUGGGUCUACACUGACCAGCCGCACACGUCAAGAAGAAAAGAAAUACUGGUUUUCUCAUCUUUCAUCAUGUCCCUUUCCAUCCCCCUUCUUAUAUGCCUCCCUUCUCAGCCAAAUACCCAGAGAUCAAGACUCUGAUGGUUCCAGAUCCCCAGCUAAAAUGGGUGGUGUCAGGCAUGGUCCUAACCCAGCUCUUGGCCUGCUACCUGGUCCGCAACUUCACCUGGAAGUGGAUCUUCUUCUGGGCUUACGCCUUUGGAGGUUGCAUUAACCACUCCCUGACUCUGGCUAUCCAUGACAUCUCUCACAAUGUGGCCUUUGGCAACAAGCUGGCAAAGUGGAACCGCUGGUUUGCCAUGUGGGCCAACCUGCCCAUCGGGCUGCCCUACUCUGCGUCCUUCAAGAAAUAUCACAUCGACCACCAUCGGUAUCUGGGAGGCGACCAGCUGGAUGUUGACAUCCCUACAGAUUUUGAGGGAUGGUUCUUCUGCACCCCAGCCAGGAAGGUCCUCUGGCUCUUCCUCCAGCCCUUUUUCUAUGCCCUGCGCCCAUUGGUGGUCAAUCCUAAACCAGUUUGUCAGCUGGAGAUCCAGAAUGCAGUAGUUCAACUCACAGCAGACUUAAUUAUUUACUAUCUGUGGGGACUGAAGCCCAUCAUCUACCUUAUUGCAGGUUCUGUUCUCUGUAUGGGGCUGCAUCCUAUCUCUGGACAUUUUAUAGCCGAGCAUUACAUGUUCAUGAAGGGACAUGAGACGUAUUCUUACUAUGGACCACUGAACUGGAUCACCUUCAACGUCGGCUAUCACAUGGAGCACCAUGACUUCCCCAGUAUACCUGGCAGUAAACUACCUCAGGUCAAGGAAAUUGCAGCAGAAUAUUACGACUCCCUGCCUCAACACACUUCCUGGACCCGGGUAUUAUGGGACUUUGUGUUCGAUGACAACAUCGGCCCCUAUUCCAGAAUAAAACGGGAGUACAAGCUAAGCAAGCAGGGAUAGAUUUGUGUUCGACAACAACAUCGACCCCUAUUCCAGAAUAAAACGGGAGUACAAGCUAAGCAAGCAGGGAUAGAUUUGUGUUCGACGACAACAUCGACCCCUACACUAGAAUAAAACGGAGAACGAGCUAAACAAGCAGGGAUAGAUCUGUCACUGAUUCCUUUUCCCUUUAAAAAGAUUGUCAAUUUCAAUUGUUACAAAUCUGUGGACCACUAAGAAUUGUCCUUAUAUUGUCUAGUUUGUUACUGUCACUGUAUCUACUCUAAUUUGUUGGACAUUGUCAUCUUAAAUUACUCCUGUACUUGAUUUGGUACACUGCAAAAGAAUGCACACACAGCAGUUGCAUACAUAAAGUUUAUGCAAUGUGAAUUCAGCAUAGCUGGAUGGUUUGCUUACCCCAUUAUUUAUUCCCAUUUGUAUUCCUUCUAUAAACAAACACCCACUGUUGUGAUACAGUGAUGACAUUUUCUUAUGCCCUAAAGCCACCAAGAAAGGGAAAAUGCUGAUAAGAUCUUUUUCCUUAUGUGACUGGAGACAAAAGUAUUCAGUUUAAACAUCCAAAAUCUUUCUUUUGUUGUUAUAAAACAAAGGUCACAUACAUUCCCAUGACGUCUAACAAAGAUGUCACUACCUCCUGUAGUUUAGUUUUCCUGCCUGUAAGCAUUAAUGUCUGGGUUCUUAAAAAUUUCUGUACGUAUGAAUCAAGGCACACAGAGCCUCUCAGAUUACCUAAUACAGUUUCACAUCAGUGCAGAACAGGGCUGAAGUGGAAAAUGGCAAAUGCCUUACAGUAAGAAGAGCCAUUUUCUUCAAUGAUGCCCCAUUUUUCUUGUGCACACCUUCUUUGUAAUGUCAACACUUUAAUUACAUCUUAAGGGAGCGGACAGGAAUGACACAAUACAAAGAGAAUAGUCCCUUAAGAAAAUUCAGGUCUGAAGAGGUUUAAAUGUUUGGUGGUUUUUUUUCUUUUUUAAGACUGUCAGGGUUGGCAAAUGAACUUGAGGGUAUUUUUUGGAGGCUGUAGUUUAUGUUCAUGGAACAUGCAGUAAGGUAUGUAUAGCUGAGUUUCUUCU